AUGCCCUCUGCAGCUGCAUUCGAGCGUCUGCUGGAACAUGGCGAUGAUUUGGACGACUAUGGUCUAGACGACUCGGACAAUCCAUUUGCAUCUCCCACUCCCCCGCCAGAAUCAUCGACCAAGAAGCGAAAGGAGCCAGACUCUGGACUGGGAAUUGAGGAGGAAGUUUCUGUUCAGAAGCGAGUAAGAGUGCCGAAUGUUAAGCUUGACGAAGAAAGGUUGCUGGGUCCUGCUGGAAUCCCCAAGCUGAGAAAACGAGCCGCCGGCCUCAAACUAAAAGGAAAAGGCCACGAAUUCUCGGACGCCUCUCGACUUCUCUCCUUCUACCAGCUAUGGCUCGACGACCUCUUCCCCAAAGCUCGGUUCCUCGACGCCCUCGCCAUGGUUGAAAAGGCCGGUCACAAGAAGGCUCUUGUAACCGCAAGGAGCGAAUGGAUCAAUGAAGGUCGUCCUAAAGCCAGCGGCAAUGACGACGAUGAUGAUCUGGAUAUUGGAGCUGUGGCCAUUACGGAGGACUCGCAAGCGAUUCCCUCGCAGAGGGGACAAAAGACUCCAGAGAGAGACGAUGACGAUGUCCCUAAUGAUGACGACUUAUAUGGCGCUACACCUCGAGGACCAACGCGAACUACAAAUGCUCUCCGUCCCGCACCGUCAAAUGACGCCCCUGACGACGACGAUCUGGAGGCUCUCAUGGCCGAAGCCGAAAGCAUGGACAGUCGACCCGUCCCCACUGCCACGAAACAAAACAGCACGUCUGACACGCAUCACUUGGACGAAGAAGACGAUUUAGACGCCCUCAUCGCAGAGGCAGAAGCGCAAGACCGCCCCGGCGGACAGCCUACGGGUACUUCCUCUUCCAACGAAAAGGGCCACGAUUUUGCGGACGACGAGGAGGCCAUGCAGGAGAUGGAGGGGCUGUGGUGA